AUGUCGAGAAGUAAUCUGGGGGCUAGGAUUGAAUUAAUUUCUCCUUCGGCGAGGGCAGUGCGGUUUCCAGCCGUGUCUGAUAUAUUGGCUAUCACUAACCGCAUCAUGAUACUCAUUGAUGGGGCGAAAUAUAACAAAGAAGCAUUGCCUAUCAUGAAGUGCUAUCUGAUGGCAGUAAAGGAGGCAAUUGAUGUGCAGCAUGACGGUAUCGAUGAGGAAUAUACACUAGAGUUAGUGAAAGCAUUGGAGGAGUGGGAAAGGUUUCUCGAACAAUAUACCAAACCUAAAAUGAAAACUUUGUUAGUUAAACUUCAGAAUAAUUUGCAGAUAGACAAAAAGAUACGUGGACUGUUUGACAAACUGGAUAAAGCUCUUAAUGAUGCUCGUCUUGAAGUAGAAUUGGAAGAUAACGCGAAGUUGCGAGAAUACAUAAAGAUUCCGCGAGAGAAAACACAUGACACAGGCGGCUGUUGUAUGAUGGACAUAGAUGAUAAUCUACCCACUACAAUUCGUCCUGAUUCUACUUCUAUCAAGGAUGAUAUGAAGAAAGCCUUCGAGGAUGAUUUUGUUACAACUGCAUGUUUUCAUGGUCUUCCAUUGCCGCCAGAAAAACUUAACAACCUAAAGGUUGAUCCUACAUGGGUCCAUUCUAUCCCUGACGCUCAAUAUAAUGGCGUAGGUCCCGAAAAGGUAGUCUAUUGUGGUGGCUCCCACGCUGCGAAGAUUAAGAUCGCACAUGAAGGAGAAGACAUUAGUAGGUACUGGGUACGGGCCUAUAUUAGCUCUCAACUUAAUACAGAUUUGUUCAUGAGAAAUUAUGGAAUUUUACUGGAAAACGGUGUAUAUUACAUGAUCACAGAGUGGCCAGAAGUAGGAACGCUCAGUAAAUAUCUCGCCGAUCAUACAGAUAUUCCAUGGGGUCAAAGAAUAGGCAUAGCAACACGUUUGGCAAGAGCGCUUGCCAUUUGUCAUAGUAAAUACAUUUUGCAUCAUGACAUACGCAGUCACAACGUGACCGUAGGCAAGAACAAUAUUGUCAAGCUAGGCAACUAUCAUCGUACCAGACACACAAAAGACAUUACGACCUCGGUUGCUGAAGAGUCUGAUGGUGUCCGGUGGUUAUGUCCCGAGAAGGUUGUGGAUGGUAGUCGCCCCUAUUCGAUGGCAGCUGACGUGUAUAGUUUCGGUAUGCUCAUGUGGGAAAUCUCUUCACAUAAAAUUCCUUUUACAGAUAAAACUGUUGGUGAAGUAUAUACAUUACUGAAAGACUCAGCCAAGUUCAAAGAUAAAGACGCGCCGCGUCCCCCAAUUAUUCCUGGUACACCCAAAAAAUAUGAGAAUAUAAUGAAGAGAUGCUGGAGACAAGACCCAGGAACUCGCCCAAACAUGGCUUACGUUUUAAAGAAAUUGGAACGCCUCGAUGAAGCGUACAGGAAAAAUUCACACGAACCAGAUACGAUGUAUUGGACUGGCACUACUAGUAUGCCGGACUCCGAGCCGCAACACGAGCCAAUAACGAUCUAUUCCGCACGCAAGUUACAUACCGAAAAGCGCCACGCAGAAGCCUUCAAACAGUUCAAAUCGCUCGCCGAUGACGAGAACCCCAAUGCUGAAGCAAACUUUUAUGUCGGCAGAUACCUUAUCGACAGCAGAAUCGGUUACGAAAACGAUCCAAAUGUAGGAAUAAGCUAUUUAGAAAUAGCAGAUCAACUUGGAUUCCAUGACGCUCUUCAGUAUCGUGCUCAAGAAAAAAUGGCAGCAGCUACAGAAUUGCGAAAGAAGUUUAUAGAAGCAGGAAAACUCGAUGACGCGGCUUUAGUUAUGGAAAGAAUGAAGACAGAAUGUCUACCAAUGUUUCGUGAAGGCGCGGAACGCGGUAAUCUGCGUUGUAUGAAAGAUUUAGCUGAUUAUGGGGCAAAGCUAGGAGAUAAACAGAGUUACGUGGACGGUCUUAAAAUGUUGGAUAACAUAGUUAAAACAACGAAAGAUCCUAAACAGAAAGCUAAAGCACAAGAUUUUUUGGUGAAGUUGCAACAACACAAAGACACAUUUAUGGAUUAA